CAUUCCCCCAUACAUCGAUCUGUGCCGUGCGGCUCUUCGCUCUUUUCAUCAUUUCGCUUCUCGCAAUCAGCUCCGAUCAUUGUCUCCGAAUCGUCAACCGCCACUCUCUCCGCGCGAAUCUCAGCUCCGUACGGAACCCUAACUCGCUCCGGUUGAACCAAUCGAUCGAGCUCGUCCUUCGUCGGAGCAUUUCGUUUUGUAGGUGUGACGGCGAGUUGGUUUUCGGAUCGGGAUCGAAUUUUUGAGUUUGAACAGUUUUGAGGCUGCAAUGAAUAUGCAACCUGGUCUUCCGUCUAAGGCUUCAACAAAUGGAUCUCCCUACAUAAGAGGGGAAAGAGAGGGAGUUCUGAAUAAGGCCAAGUCUAUAAAGUCACAUCCCGCAAAUGCAGCAUCCAAUGGUGAAGCUGGAAGUUUGAAGGGGGAUUCACGCGAUGGUUUAGUGUACCUCACAACGUGUAAGAUUGGGCAUCUUGUGGAAGUGCAUCUGAAAAACGGAUCGGUUUAUAGUGGUAUAUUUCAUGCUGCUGACGUGGAGAAGGAUUUUGGAAUCAUUCUAAAGAUGGCAUCCUUGAUUAAAGAUGGUGGUUUACGAGGGCAUAAAACCCGUUCCGAGUUUGUCAGAAAGCCACCUUCCAAGACAUUCAUUAUUCCUGCUGAUGAACUUGUUCAAGUUAUAGCUAAGGAUCUCUCCAUAUCUAGUGACGGCAUGUCGAAUGCCGUUCAGAGUGAGAAGUCGGGGGAGCUGUUAACGGACUCUUCUAUAUCAAAGUCGUUUCAUACUGACCAGGGAAGAGAGCUAAAACCCUGGAUACCUGAUGGGGAUGUUCCUCAGGGUCUGGAUAAUGUGUUUGAUGACCCUUGGAAAAGGGGUAGGGGGUGGGAUCAGUUUAAGGUGAAUGAGUCACUGUUUGGAGUCAAGAGCACUUUCGACGAGGAAAUCUAUACCACAAAACUUGACAGAGGUAUUCGGACUAGAGAGAUGGAAGAGAGAGCCCAGAGAAUCGCGAGAGAGAUUGAGGGUGAAAAUACCCGAGAUCUUCAUGUAGCAGAGGAAAGAGGCUUUCAGCUUAAUGAGAAAUUUGAUAUUGACGAGGAAUCUAAAUACUCAGCUGUCCUUCCAGUUGAUGCAUUUGAUGAUAGUGGGUUUGAUGAGGAGGACGACGAAUUACUGGACACUUGCAACGAUGAGACUUUUGGUGGUUCAUCUACUUCUACUGUCCAGAGGCCAGCUUCUUCUAGUGGCAAGGGAUAUGAAGAAUUACGGGCUGCCAGUCAGCCUUCUCGGAAUAAUACAAGUGUAGAUCAAAGCUGCUCGAUAUCUGAUGAUCACGCUCAGCACCUUCCCUCUGAACAGCGAUCCAAAGAUUUUAAUGCCCCAGGCAGCAGUAUCAGUGAGAGCCAGUUGGGUGAGCGAAGAAACAAGAAUAAUCCAGAGUUUUCCCACAGUAACAGAUCAGCUGAGGAAUCAGUUUCUGGUCAUGGAGAUACCAAAGAAGGUGCAAAACUUGGUGGUGGUGGAACCUCGGCGUGGAAGACUGUUGCUGAGAAAGAAAGGCAAGUCAGUGAAGUUUCUGGUAAACCAAAAUCUGAAAGCUUUACUGGGCAGUCGGCUUCAAGAAGAAGUUCAGAGAGCCGCCCAGGUCCUUCAACAUCAAGUCGUCCUGGACUAUCACCAAGCUCAUCAAUUGGUUCUUUGUCAUCAUCUGAAAAGUCCACUCUUAAUCCGAAUGCAAAGGAAUUCAAACUGAAUCCAAACGCAAAGAGUUUCAAACCAACAGCUGCUGCGCGACCUCAGUCUCCAAUGGCAGAUGCAUCAUUCUACUACCCUGCUGCACCUGCACCUGUUCAGCAGAUGCCUGGAAUGCCUCUUGGUUACGGAAUUCAACCGCAGUAUCCAGGACAGCAGCAGAUGAUAUAUUAUCCUGGCCACCAGCAUCCUCAAGCCUUUUAUCCUCCAAAUGCACAACCCCAGUUUCCGCAGCAGCAGCAGCAAAUGAUGAUGGGUCGUCAGCCUAGGCCGCAAAUGGUUUACAUGCCUCCUCCUCCGUACCAGCCGGACAAUCCAUAUAAUCAAGGACGAGAGUAAUAACCCGAUGGUUGUGAUGUUGUCUUUUUUUUGGGAAGGAUGUGAACGAACCAACCCUCUGUCUUGGUUUACGUUCUCUCCUUUUUGUUUCUCUCUCUUCCUUGGCCAGUUACUGGAACUAUUUUCUCCAUUUUUAAGAUUCCCGGUCGGAUUUUUAUCUCAUUUAAGAAAAACAAAAAAAAAGAAGCAAAAAACUAUCUAUUUGUAAUAUAUUUGUAUUCUGAAGAUAUACAUAUUUUAGAGUUUAGGUCUUUCUCAUGUGUCGUCA